AUGCUUUUAUCAAAACAAUCCCUCUUCCAAGAAUUGAAAAACCGAAUGGAAACCACUCGUCAAGAACUUUCACAAUAUUUACAUGAAAAAUUAAUGCUUUUGCAAUUGGGCAAAUAUCAUCCGUAUUUACUCAUGAAAGCAAGCAAGGAGCUCAUCACCACGGAUCGAGAAGUGGCAUUACAAAUGGUUUCUUGCAAUGGCUUACUAUUGGAACUUGUAGAAGACAGCGAAAAUCCUCUUGAGAUGGAUACCAAAAUCGCUCGAGCUGCUGUGAAACAGAAUGGUUGUUUUCGCGAAUACAUAUUAGAGGCAUGCAAGAACAAUGGAGAUGCCCUAAUGUAUUUCACGAGAGAUGAGCUUUUAAACAUUGACGAUGAAAUUAUUGAACAUGCAGUGAACAGCUCACCAUACAUUGUUGAAGAUUUAGAAGGGAUCAACUUUAACAUUUCACCGGAAACGCUGUCACGAGCUGUCAAGUUUAAUGGAGAUUAUAUUUCUUCACUUAAUGAAUUCGCCACAAAGGCUCACGUGCUAGAGGCCGUACGAUCAAGACCAGAGGUUUACCCCUAUUUUGAUCACAGUGAGGAUCUUGAUAUCAUCAUUGAGGCAGCCAAAGAGGAUGUUGCAAUUCUUUGUCCGAACAAUUGA